AGCACAGCGGCAGUCUCUCGUUGACUUCCCGCGGUAAAGUACCGAUUACCGAACUCGGAAUGUUUGUUAUGUUUACAAAUACGCCGUGCACAAUGGGCGUGUUUAUCCCCUAGGGGACAAAAGUUUUAAAAGUUUAUUUUUAAGAAUAUACCAACAAGUUAUUAUAGGAUCUUGACUAAAAGUUUUCUUAGCUGAAGUAGAACUUUUAUUAGAUUUUUCAGUGCUGUGUUUGUGUCUGUUUGUGUGGUACAAAAUGUUACAAAUAAGAAGGCUUUAGAGAGUACCUUUUUAAUUUUUUUAAGGUGAACUGAUUACCACCUAACAUGGCGCAGGACAACGCCAACUCCUCAAUGGAAAUGGGGACCAGUGACCAGGUUCUAGUUGCCAGAAAAAAGUCAAGGAAAGCCAGAUAUGCGAUCGGUUUCGUUGCGAUGUUGAUUGCGAUAGGCGUGGUUAUCACGCUGGUGGUGGUUCUCUCUGGGAACGAGAGUGGUGCAUCGCCACCCAUACCAGAACCGAUCAUAACAACAGAGGGUCCCACUUUCCCGACAACAAUCUCAACAACAACACCAGCACCGACCACAACAACAUCGACGACAACAGAAGCGCCGACAACAUUGCCGCCGCCGCCGCCAGAAAUCGAGUUGGAAGAUAUUAUCAAUGGAGAAUUCUCUUCGCCUUCUUUCAAUGGAACUUGGGUUUCAGGAAGCGAAAUAUUAUUCCGGGAUUACAAUGGCCACCUCAUGCUAUAUGAUGUUGAUACCGAUAGUGCUACGACUCUUAUCUCAAACGAUUCUCAGAUAUUGCAGCAAUCAUUCCGAGUGACAUCACUGUCACCCGACGGCAACUAUGUGGUGCUUUCUUACAACGAAGUUUCGGUUUACAGACACAGUUUCAACGCUCGCUACACAGUUAUAGACCUUCACACAGGUCAAGAGAUCCACAUCGUCCCUCCUGGAGUGGCACCCGAGAACGCGACUCUGCAGAACUUCGUAUGGGGACGAACGGGGACUUCCCUUGCCUUCGUUUACGAGAACAACAUCUUCUUCCAGCCUAAUUUGACGACAUCUCCACCGGUACAGUUGACGACUACGGGACUAGAAAAUGUCGUUUAUCACGGAGUUCCUGAUUGGGUGUACGAGGAGGAGGUGUUUGGUUCCAACAAUGCCAUCUGGUUCUCGAGCAAUGGCGCGAAGUUGGCGUACGCGACCUUCAACGACACCAAGGUCCGAGUGAUGAAGAUCCCACACUUUGGAGUUCCCGGUUCGGUGGAGUAUCAGUACACACGCCACCGGGAGAUUCACUAUCCUAAGCCUGGUACCACAAAUCCAACAGUGUCAGUCACUAUUCGGGACAUCGCAAGUAACACUGACACAACUUUCAACGUGCCGACUGAUCUGGAAGAACCAAUUUUGAAAACCGUAUUGUUUGUCGGAAACGACAGUAUCGCUGUUAUGUGGACCAAUCGAGUUCAAACAUCACUGAAAAUCGAUAUAUGCGUGGAGGCGAUUCAAACAGUACCUGCUACUUGCAAUGCUAUCUUUAGGCAUACAGAAAGCGAUGGCUGGAUAGACAACAAUCCUUUGCAUUUCAAUACUCAAGGGAAUGCGUUCAUCACAAUUUUGCCAGCAGCGGUCGAUGGUGUUCGCUACAAGCAAAUCGUGCAAGUGACUCGACCUGCGAACGAAGCUGGGCUGUGGAGCUUAGCGAAUCGAGUUAAUACUGCACACACCGUCGGCGAAAUAUUACUUUGGACUGAUGACGAUGUGAUCUGGUACGAAGCGACCGGGGUGGCAGACAGGGCCGAGCAACACAUUUACACUGUAAACUCUACGGGAGGGGUGUCGUGCUUUACUUGCAACAUUAGGCGCCCUGACGGCAAACAGUGUCUGUUCAAUUACGCAGCUAUCAGCCUCGGCUUCCGUAUCAGCGUUAACUGCGGGGGACCUGAAAUACCACAGGUCUUGAUUUAUGAUAAGAAUGGUACUCUAUUAUCAGUAUGGGAUAACAACUCGAGGGUCACGGACUUGUUGGCGUCGCACACUAUGCCAGUGACGAUACAUCACACGAUUCGCGGUGUUGACGCGAUCGAGGCAGAUGUGAUGAUUCAAGUGCCACCAGACUAUGCCACUCGCACUAAUUUACCACUUUUGGUUUAUGUCUACGCAGGUCCAGACACAGCACUGGUCACAAAGCAAUGGACCCUCGACUGGGGCACGUCUCUGGUCAGUCGCUACGGCAUCGCAGUGGCGCGCAUCGACGGCCGCGGCUCCGGCUUGCGAGGAGUCGACAACAUGUUCGCUGUCAACAGGAAACUUGGCACCGUUGAGAUCGAAGACCAGAUUGCCGUUACCAGGAUCCUGCAUCAGAACCUACAGUGGCUGGACGCCAACCGCACGUGCAUCUGGGGCUGGUCGUACGGCGGCUACGCGGCGUCGCUGGCGCUGGCUCGCGGAGGCGACGUGUUCCGAUGCGCCAUUGCCGUUGCUCCCGUAGUGGACUGGCGAUACUAUGACACCAUCUACACGGAGAGAUACAUGGACACUCCGCAAAACAACGUGGCGGGAUACACCAACUCCUCGCUGCUGACUGAAGAUGUGGUGGAAGCAUAUAGGAAUAAGAGUUACUUCCUAGUGCACGGCACAGAAGACGACAACGUGCACUACCAGCACGCCAUGCUGAUCUCCAGACUACUGCAACGGAGGGACGUCUACUUCCACCAGAUGAGUUAUACAGACGAAGACCACGGUCUCGGCGGGGUGAGGCCGCAUCUUUACCACGCACUCGAGAAGUUCCUACAAGAAAACAUGUUUUAGAUAUAUAUAAUAGUGACACUAUUAUACAUAAGUAAAUUAAUUUCCUUAAAAAUAAUUAAAGUUUCUUAAGAUUCAUUCCAGUGAAGUAUUGUCAUGAUAAAAGUGUAAUAAGCCUAUAGUACCCGACAGGUGGCAACCGGGGUAUGAGGCGGGGGAACGCCCCGCACACCCAUUACCG